AUGGAGAAACCAGACCAUGGGUAUAACUACGACCCCCCUGCUGUCACCUACCACCCCCCACAUACGACUACGACCACAGAGAAACCAGACCAUGGGUAUAACUACGACCCCCCUGCUGUCACCUACCACCCCCCACAUACGACUACGACCACAGAGAAACCAGACCAUGGGUAUAACUACGACCCCCCUGCUGUCACCUACCACCCCCCACAUACGACUACGACCACAGAGAAACCAGACCAUGGGUAUAACUACGACCCCUGCUGUCACCUAUCACCCCCACAUACGACUACGACCACAGAGAAACCAGACCAUGGGUAUAACUACGACCCCCCUGCUGUCACCUACCACCCCCCACAUACAACUACGACCACAGAGAAACCAGACCAUGGGUAUAACUACGACCCCCCUGCUGUCACCUACCACCCCCCACAUACGACUACGACCACAGAGAAACCAGACCAUGGGUAUAACUACGACCCUCCUGCUGUCACCUACCACCCCCCACACACGACCACGGAGGCUGAGGAACCUGGGUACAUCUACGACCCCCCAGAACACAGCUACGACUACGAGCCAGAGCCUGGCGUGAUCGGAGAGUUCGAGAGCAACUACAACGUGAAGGACGAAACAGCUGGCUUGGAUUUCGGACACGACCAGACGGCGGAAGGAAAGGAGAUGAACGGGGUGUACCAUGUCCUCCUUCCUGACGGCACCAAGCAGACUGUGACCUAUCACGUGGACAAGGAGAGUGGAUACGUGGCCCAUGUGACGUAUGAGCAAGAUGUUAGCUACAAGCCCCCCACGCCGCCUGACAGCCUGUAUGAGCCUCCAGUGCUUGUUGAAGACUCGCCUCCGUCCCCUCCAGUUCUUAUCGAGGAGCCUGUUCUUGAUUUGCGGAGUAUCUUCUAGAAAUAUUGUGUUAGACUAGACAGCAAAGACGGAUUGGGUGUUGGCACAGUAUGGAAGUACCUGGCAACUAAAUCGAUUCUUAGACGUCAUAACCUACAAAGCGACACAAAGCGACAUAGGUUAAAGGAAGAAGAAGAAGAAGAAGAAGAAGAAGAAAAGGGACAGAGUGAUGGACAGACAGCAGUUGACUUGUUCAUCCCCCAGCUUGUGUUCUGAUGAUGAGAAUGCAACGCUGGGUGGUUCUGUGUCGCUCUGAAAUCACACAAUAUUCUCGCUCGAAACACUUCUGCAUUGCACCGCCACUACUUCCAAAAAGGCUCGAGAUGAAGUGACGCGGGUUCUCAAGCGUGUUUUUUUUUUUUACAGUUUUAGUGAGAGAUUAACGAGAUUUCUCUACACUAUUAGCUGGAAAUACUCUUGAGAACCUGGAUAGUCAUGUCUGUAGCCUUCGAAAAUGGUCGUGGUGAGAGAGCGAAGCGUUUAUGAAUACAGCUGUGUGUGUGUCCAUUUCGGCUUUCAGAAGGAGGAUGUAUUAAAAAAAAAAUAAUGAUAAGUUCAUCAGCUAUGGAAGAUGAUUCAGCAAGUAUACGAGUCUAGUCAGGCUAUGUCCCCCAGUUGGCAACACGAGCUAGAGAUCUUUGUGUGUGUCUUCCUGUUUUUUCUGUUCCUCAUUUCUCCUCCUGGCGGGUCCUUCAUUCGUGUCACUCAACAUCCGUCACUAAAACUCUAAAGCUCAACCUUAAUUUUAAACUAAGACACAAAAAAAAACUAUUGUUACCUUUAAGUUCAGAUCAAAUCGUGCCUUUUGUAUAUUUCCUCAGCAUUUUACUCUUCUCCCUCCCUCCCUCCCUUCCUUGUCACGCCCACCACUCCCUUGUUUGUCAUCUCUAAGCUCAGAUAAAUCGUGUCUUUUGUACGUACAUCUCCUUAGCAUUUCACUGUUCCCCUCUCUCUCUCUCCUUUGCCUUGUCACGCCCACCACUCCCUUACUAGUACCUCCAAGUUCCUCUGAUAAAACGUACGUGUCUUUUUCAACUCCUUUGUACAUUUUCAUCAGCAUUUUACUCUUCCCUCCCUCCCUCCCUCCCUUCCUUCGUCUUGUCUCACCCACCACUCCCGCCACGAUACGCUACUAAACCACUAAACACUAGACUUAAAAUGCAUCAGAAUGAAAACCCUGUGUCAUCUUUAUUAUCCUUCAACACACGGCCAUGCUCAGAUCCCCGCCAAGCACACAAGACUUUAAGCAACACUGAAACAAAACAAACCUUCUAAAUUCUGAAACACUUCCGCGCCACACCUCCACUACUUCCCAAAGGCUCUAGUUGAAGUUACUUUGUUUUCUAAGAGUGAUGUUGUGGUUUUAGUGACAGAUAAACAAGAUUUCUACAUUUUAGCUGGAGAAAGUCAUGAGAACCCGUCUAAUCCUCUCUGUAGUUUGGUUAGGUUAGGUUAAAAUUAUAGUGGUGAUGUUCCACUUUUUUAAGGAUGUUUUUACGAAUCUACUGACAGAUGAACAGGAUUUCUAGAUUUUA